AAAAAACUAUCAAGUCUUUUUUUUGGAUAAUCUGACAAUUAGGGAUCUCACAAUGUCUGGAAAUCAAGAAGAACAGCCAUUGCUACAAACGUCAACCUCGCGAAAUACGGAUAAUUCACAUUCGCUACAUCCGGCAGUGCUUAGAGAUGCUUCUAGCGGAGGGGCAGGUUUUAUAGCUGGUGAAUUGGCAGCCGAAGAAGAAAGCCUUCAUCUUCCUGAGCACGAUAACUAUGGAUCUGUUGGCUUACCAGGAUCUAAAAAAGAUGAUAACAAUAAGUCGUCAGAUUCUGAUUACGCUUUACCAAGAGCAAAGCUCCUUACUGUGGUUUCAUCAUUAUUUAUGGCUGCGUAUUUGGCUGCUCUAGAUACUACUGUUGUGACUACCUUAUUGACAGUGAUUGCUUCUGAUCUUAAUGCUGUGGCAAAUAUAUCUUGGAUUGCAACUGCUUACUUGUUAUCAUGUUCAGCUUUCCAACCGUUAUUUGGUAAACUUUCUGAUAUUUUUGGCCGUAAAAUUUUGCUUAUUCUUUGUUGUGCUUUUUUUGCAAUUGGAUGUACUAUUUGCAUAACGGACUCUUUGGUUUGGUUAGUCAUUGGUCGUUUUGUCACUGGAUGGGGUGGUUCUGGUUUAACUACUUUGGGAACAAUUACCAUGUCUGAUCUUAUUCCUUUACGCGACAGAGGCCUUUAUCAAGGAAUGGCAAAUAUAUUUUUCGGUUUAGGUGCUGCUUCUGGUGGGAUUUUAGGUGGGUUGGUUGCUGAUUAUUUAGGUUGGAAAUACGUUUUCAUCCUUCAAGUCCCAUUAGCAGUCGUUGUGGGUGUUGUGAUCUGGUGGAAUUUAGUCUUGCCUGAAGGAUCACCAGGUUUGGGAGCUCAUGGUUCCGAAUUCAAAGAUAAGUUGAAACGGGUUGAUUUCCAAGGCUCUUUCUUUCUAGUGAGUGCUCUCAUGGUAAUUCUUACUGCUGCCUCGUUAGGUGGUCGUGAAAUUGCUUAUGAUUCUAAGACGUUCAUAGGAUUAGUGGUUCUCUCAAUUAUAUUAUUGGCUGGGUUCGUGUAUACUGAAGCAUAUGUUUCUAAUGAACCAAUUAUCCCAAUCGAAUUAUUGGCUGAAAGAACCAUUUUAUCAUCAUCUUUAACUAAUUGGUUCUAUACAAUGGGCGUUUUUACGUAUUUAUAUUAUGUUCCAAUUUAUUACACUUCAGUUAUGGGGUUUACUGCAACUCAAAAUGGUCAAAGAUUAAUUCCUAAUUUCUUUGGUGUAUCUAUCGGUUCGGUUGGUGCUGGUUUAUAUAUGAAAAGAACCGGUCGUUACUAUAACUUAACCAUAUUGGUUGGAAUAAUCUCUAUAUUUGGGGUCUGGCGUAUCUUUAAUAUGACUCCAUAUAUUACUAUAUUUGAUCAGUUCACUAUUCUUUUACCUUCUGGUUUGGGUUACUCUUGUAUAUUAACUGUGACUUUACUUUCCUUAAUUGCAGCAGUUCCUUCGAAAUAUCAAGCAUGUACCACAUCAAUUCAAUAUACUUUUAGGGCAACCGGUUCAACGUUGGGUGUUUCAAUCGCGAGUGCUAUUUUUCAAAAUGUUUUGAAAAGUCAACUUACCACCAAGAUUCAUCUGUUAAUAUCCGAUGACUGGUCAUAUGCUGAAAAGAUUAUAAACAAAGCUUUAGAAAAUACCAAUUAUACCAAUCAUGCCCCAAAGUUAGUACAAGGCGCAAUUAAAGAGUCUUAUGCUUUGGCUUGUAAGGGAGCAUUUGGGUUCAGUUUGGCAACUAUUGUUCUUGGUUAUGCUUGUUCUUUGUUCAUGAAAGAGCAUCAGUUACACACUAGUAUGAAUAGAGAUUGAAAUAGAUUUACUUAUUGU